AUCAGCGAUACAGGUUAAGUACCUGAGAUGGUCCGUGAAGUGCUGCCUGGGAUCGUGUCGGCGUUCCAGCAGGAAGCAUGUGUUGUUACUUCAAGUCGUGCUGUGGGAUAUCCACGUAUGCUUCUUCCAUCGCCGUCGCCAUCUUCCAAUUAUCAUGGCUGGUCCCGGCCUUGGCCCUCCUCAUCAUGUUCGAAGUCGAGAUCUCCCAACCCAACUCAUCUUUCUUGACAACUCCGGAGUACCUGCCCCUACUGAAGCCGUGGGAGACGCAGAUGAAACCGUAUGUGGCGGCUCUAAUCGGGGUUGUUGGCGCCUACACCAUCAUCAUUAUCCUCAUGCUCAUCGGUGUGAUUAAGAACAUGGAGCUCAUCAUUAUCCCGUAUCUGAUCGCAACUCCUAUCAAGAUCUUCCUGAGUUUAAUGAUCGGGAUCGCCAUGCCGGUCGUCUACUUCGCGCACAGGGAGGACUACUCGUUCAUGACCGCGAACAUCUCAAGGGUGAAGGAUAUUGUGACUGUCUUCUGCCUCCUCGCUACCAUCCUGGGCAUCUUGACUGCCAUCUUGGAAUGCAUCUUCUUCGUCGUCGUGCUCUCGGAGUUCCGGACCAUCAGCCGACAACGACACGAGAGGAAAACGGUCAAGGAAGGUGGCGGAUCCCAAGCUGAGAAUCACAUAAUUCCCAGGGUGAAUGUCGUCCACACGAGAUCUCCGGCCGAGAAUUCCACCGUUUCACACGAAAGGGGUUUCAUCAACCCAUCCUACCAGAAGGAAGAGGGGCCAGGGGUGAACCGAAGCAAUUCCAGGUUGCAGACUUUCCAGGGUUCCAACUACGGCAGAGAACAGAGUUCCCAACAGGGGAGAGGACCGGUGCAACAGCCUUUCAGGAAUUCUAACUAUGGCAGGGAACCCAUGCAACAGCCUUCCAGGAAUUCUAACUAUGGCAGGGAACCCAUGCAACAGCCUUCCAGGAAUUCUAACUAUGGCAGGGAACCCAUGCAACAACCUUCCAGGAAUUCUAACUAUGGCAGGGAACCCAUGCAACAGCCUUUCAGGAAUUCUAACUAUGGCAGAGAACCCAUGCAACAGUCUUUCAAGGGUCCCAACUACGGUAGAGAGGCUCCGCAGGAAGGCUUUUCGAAGACCCGAAUGGAGGAUCAAUUCAGCGGUCAAAGCAUCGACCAGAGAAGGGGUUACGAAGCGAAUUUCGGGAUGAAUUACGGAAUGAAAGGGGUGAGGGGUGCCGGGAACAAGAGCGACAUGAUGUACUGA